AUGGGCGGCGGCGACGGGGCCGCAUUUAAGCGGCCGGGGGACGGCGCCCGCCUGCAGCGCGUCCUCGGGCUCGGCUCCCGCCGGGCGGCCCGCUCCCUGCCCUCCGGGGGCCCCGCACCACCCCCGCCGGGCCAUGCGAGCGCGGGCCCCGCCGCGAUGAGCUCGCACAUCGCCAAGAGCGAGUCCAAGACGUCGCUGCUCAAGGCGGCGGCGGCGAGCGGGGGCAGCCGGGCUCCCCGCCACGGCUCUGCACGGGACCCCGCGCUGCGUGGCCGCCGACUGACCGACGGUCCCUGCCCCAGCUCGCCGCCACCGUGCGGGGAUCCGAGCUCGCGGAGGCCCCUGUGCCGGCCCGUGCCGCGCGACGAGGGCGCGCGCGGGAGCCGGCGUGGGCUGCCCCAGGCGCACUGCAGGCCCCGGGAGACGCUGCCGCCAGCCCGCGGGAGCGAUGGGGAGGAACGGGGGUUGGCGCCGGCGCUCGGUCUACGGGGGUCCCUGCGAUCGCGGGGUCGCGGGGACCCGGCUCCCACCGGUGCCCCCGAGGCGGACCCGUUCCUCCACCGGCUGCACCCCAUGCUCAGCUCCGCCUUCGGUCAGGACAGAUCAUUACGACCGGAAGAGAUCGAAGAGCUCCGAGAGGCCUUCCGGGAAUUCGACAAGGAUAAGGACGGCUACAUCAACUGCCGGGACCUGGGGAACUGCAUGCGUACCAUGGGCUACAUGCCCACCGAGAUGGAACUCAUUGAACUGUCCCAGCAGAUCAACAUGAACUUGGGUGGCCAUGUGGAUUUUGAUGACUUUGUGGAACUAAUGGGACCUAAGCUCCUGGCGGAGACAGCGGAUAUGAUUGGUGUAAAGGAACUGAGAGAUGCCUUUCGGGAGUUUGACACCAAUGGUGAUGGGGAAAUAAGCACCAGUGAGCUUCGAGAGGCCAUGAGGAAGCUCCUGGGCCAUCAGGUGGGUCACCGAGACAUAGAGGAGAUUAUCCGAGAUGUGGACCUCAAUGGAGAUGGAAGAGUGGACUUUGAAGAGUUUGUCCGGAUGAUGUCCCGCUGAGGCCGCCAGGGCUUCUCCAGGACUGCCAACUCCCACAGGCGGGGGGGAAGAGCCGAGCUCGCCUCACCCCGCAGUAGAUGCCGAGAGCCCAGGAUGCAACUGGCGGAUGGGGCCUGCCUGCACCCCGGGGAGGUGCCCACCCCGGACCCCCACCCCUCCGCACUGUGAAAGACUCACAACUCCUGCAACUGGAAAAACGGGGGCGCCCGCCGGCGAGGAAGCCGCAGUGCCAAAGCCGGUAGAGGACAUGCAAGGCGCCAAGUGCCAUGUGCCCAGCCGCUGCUGGCUGGGUGGGCCAGGGAGCCCACCAGCAGACCCCACACAGCAUGUCUGCCCCGGGGCAGAGCCUUUCAGCGCCCUCCUGAGCUCUACGCCCAUCCGUCCCAGCUCGCCUAGCCCUUUGAUCUCAGAACCAA